AAUGGUGGUCGCCGCCAUGUUUCUGAAUGGACUUUCUCGCAAGCAUUGUAUAUAAAUAUCAGGUUUUGCACCGGUAUUACACUACCGAGACCUAUAAUAAUUUGUUCCCAGGGGUCUAAGGGAACUUUGUUCGUGGAUGCUGCGGCCGUGGGACUUGAAUAUUUUGUGAUUGUUUGACAUAACAACUGGGGUUCACAAUGCACCAUGGGAGUGGACCCCAGAAUGUGCAGCGACAGCUUCAGAGGUCCAAGUCCUUCACAGGAUCUGAGGCGGAGGAGCAGCAGCAGCAGCAACAACAGCAGCAGCAGCCAGCAGCGGGUCAACAGCAGGCCGCCCCAGUCAACCUCCCCCAGUCCCCCGCGGCAUCGUUCGCCCCCGCAGCCAGCCCCUCCGCACCGCAGUCCCCCAACUACCAGAUAAUCAUGAGCCGCAGCCCCGUCACGGGCCAGAACAUGAACAUCACCCUGCAGAACGUGGGCCAGAUGGUGACGGGCAACCAGCAGAUCACCCUCACCCCCCUGCCCCUGCAGAACCCGGCCUCCCCGGGCUUCCAGCACUCGGCCCCCCAGUGGAGGUUCGAGCACGGCUCCUCCUCCUCCUACAUCCAGGUCACCUCCCCGCUGCCGCAGCCCAUGCAGCCCCAGAGCCCCACCCAGCACAGUCCCGUUCCACUUCAGGGGGUGCAGAGGGCAGGGGCUCCCGGGGCGGGGCUGGGCGUGUGCGGCCAGAGCCCCACCCGCUUUGUGGACGCCAGCAUGCUGGUGAGGCAGAUCAGCCUGACCAACCCCACCGGCAGCGGCCAUUUCGUCUACCAGGAUGGAACCGGACUGGCCCAACUGGCUCCCACCACGGCGGGACAGGUGCAGCUGGCCUCCCCCGGCACCCCGGGCUCCGUGCGGGAACGCAGGCUCUCCCAGCCUCACUCUCAAACCGGCGGGACCAUCCACCACCUGGGACCCCAGAGCCCCGUGGCGAGCGGGACCACCUUACCCACCCUGGGCAGCCCGGGCCACAUCACCACCUCUAACCUGCCCCCGCAGAUCAGCAGCAUCAUCCAGGGACAGCUCGCGCGUCCCAUGAUUUUCGAGAAGACCACCCAGGGCAUGGUGUCUGGUGUCGGGGCGGCUACCGCAGCCUCUUUCGGCAUGCCCAGUGCCAUGCCUCCCUCCAGUCCGUCCCGUACAAACCCGCCCCAGGGGCUCCCCAACCCCCCGCUGACCCCCACCGGCACGGCGGUGGGCUCCGUCAAGAAGCAGCAGCCCAAGAAACUGGAGGAAAUUGCACCCUCCAACCCGGAAGUGGCCCAGCUCAGAAAGCAGUGCUUGGAGCACCACAACAAGAAGAUGGAGAGCCUCAAGGAAGUGUUCAAGGAGUACCUGAUAGAGCUCUUCUUCCUGCAACAUCUGCAGGGCAACAUGAUGGACUACUUGGCCUUCAAGAAGAAGCCCUGUGUGCCCCUCUUCACCUACCUAAGGCAGAAUGACUUGGACCUUGAGGAGGAAGAGGAAGAGGAGCAGUCAGAGGUUAUAAAUGAUGAGGUCAAAGUGGUGACUGGGAAAGAUGGUCAAACGGGGACACCCGUUGCCAUAGCGACGCAGCUCCCUCCCAAUGUGUCGGCAGCUUUCUCGGCCCAGCAACAGCAACAAUUUCAGGCGCAUCAGGGAACCCCGUCCACCAACAUCGCGAACACGGUGGACAUAGAAGCAUUUAAGAGACAACAGGCUUUGGCUCAAGCAGAUCAGGCUAAGAGGCCCCGGAUUGACGUUGGUCGCCACGGGAUGAUUUUCCAGCAUCCUGGUGUAGCUCCUUUAGGAUCACCUGGGGUUCCUCUCCAACAGCUUAUGCCGACAGCGCAAGGAGGGAUGCCCCCUACCCCGCAGGCGGUCCAGAUCGCUGGGCAGAAGCAGAGCCAACAGCAGUACGACCCGUCCAAAGGCCCGCCGGUGCAGAACGCCGCCAGCCUCCACACUCCUCCCCCCCAACUCCCCGGGCGCCUGCCGCCCACUGCCCUGCCCAUCACGGGCCUGCCGCUCACUCUCUCCCAGCAGCAGCAGCUGGUGGAGACCCAGGCCCAGCCGGCCGCCCAGCUCCAGGCCCAGGUGAAGGUGCAGGCCGGGGGCCCUAUUCUGGCCCCCGGGAACCCCCACACCCAGCUCCAGGCCCAGCUGCAGCAGCAGAUGCAGUCAGGCCUCCACAUCCAGAUUCAGGCCCAGCAGCUGCAGCAGCCUCAGCCCGCCCUGCAGCCCGGACAGGCGACGGUGGCUCUUGUGCGUCCCGGAACCGAUUCCUCCCAGCCCUGCCAGAGACUGAUGGCCAACUCCCUCCCGCCCUCCUCCAUGUCCCCCGCCCCCAUCGCCACGCCCACCUCGCACCCCUCCACCCAUCCAGUUGGCCCAGGCCGCCCCGCCACCUCAAACAUCACCCCAGCCGCCCAGUCCAAAAUGGCUGGGGUCAACAGCAACUCCUUGCUCAAGCUGUCUGGCCUGGGCCAGACCGCGUCUGCGCAGCCUGCGCAGGAAAGCUCACAGGACAAGCAGGCGGAGCAGGCCAGGCUGGAGAACCAGGUGCACCAGCGCAUCGCGGAGCUACGGAAGGAGGGGCAGUGGACGGCCAGCAGGCUUCCCAAACUGCUGGAGGCUCCGCGACCCAAGUCCCAGUGGGACUACCUGCUGGAGGAGAUGCAGUGGAUGGCUGCUGACUUCGCCCAGGAGAGGAGGUGGAAGAUGGCCGCUGCCAAGAAGCUGGUGCGCACGUGCGCCCGUUACCAUAACGAGCAGAGGCAGGUGGAGGAGAGAGCCAAGAAGGAGGAGGAGGUGCGGCUCCGCCACAUCGCCAGCACCAUCGCCCGCGAGGUGGAGUUCUUCUGGUCCAACAUCGAGCAGGUUGUGGAGAUCAAGCUUCGGUUGGAGAUCUACGAGAAAAGAAGGAAAGCACUCGGCCUUCAAAGAACAAAAAACAAAGGACAAAGCGUGAAACCUGCCCAGGGGCUGGGGGAGAAAGCUGAAGAAGAUGGCCGUUCUGAGGUGACCUCUGCUCGAAAACGAAAAGCCAGCACUUCAGUGACUGAAGAGGAAGUGGAGGAUGAGGAGAGCACCAUAGAAGAGCAGGAAGCCAUGGAGGCGACGGCAGACCAUCAGGCAGAGCUGGCCGAACUGACUAAAGAAGCGGAGAUGCCUUUGGACGCCCUGGUGAAGCAGUACGCUGGCGCUUAUGCAGAGAACUUUGAGUGGCCCCAGCCAAGCUCCCAGAGCGAGGACGAGGACAGAGACGAAGAGAUGGAGGAGUCCCCCCUGGACAGCCCCCACGAGGCGGUGCUGAUUGACUCCCUGCUGAACGUGGAGCAGCACCGUGGUGCUGAGAAGGUGACCUCCCUCGGUGCUGACGGCAAGCCCAAGAGGGAUAUCGUGGAGGUGGCGACGGCCACCGAGCUCAUCCUACCCAAGGGUAGCGCCAGGACCACUGCCGCGGUGCGCAGCCCUCCCCCCUUUCUGCUGCACGGCUCGCUGCGGGAGUACCAGCAGAUCGGCGUGGACUGGCUGGCCAGCCUCCACAAGAAGCACCUGAACGGGAUCCUGGCGGACGAGACCGGGCUGGGCAAGACCGUGCAGACCGUCGCCUUCCUGGCCCACCUGGCCUGUCAGGAAGGAAUAUGGGGACCGCAUCUCGUGGUGGUGCGGACGUGCAAAAUGCUGAGCUGGGAGAUGGAAUUCAAGCGCUGGUGUCCUGGCUUGAAGAUCCUGCUUUAUCUGGGCAACAAGAGGGAGCGAAAAAUCAAGAGAUCAUGGUGGUCGCAGCCCAACAGCUUCCACGUGUGCAUAACCUCCUACAAGCUGCUGCUGAAGGACCAAAGGGAGUUUCUGAAGAAGAGGUGGAAGCACCUGGUGCUGGACGAGGUGCAGCUCAUUAGGAACAUGACGGAGAAGCACUGGGACACCAUUUUUUCCAUAAAGAGUCAACAGAGGCUCCUGCUGAUCAACACUCCGCUCCAGAACACCCUUAAAGAGCUGUGGACCAUGAUCCACUUCCUGCUCCCCGGCAUCACACGCCCCUACCUGGACUUUCCCGUCAAGCCCGGCACGGACCAGAACCAGGACUACUGCCACAAGCUGGUUAUCCGACUGCACAGGAUGAUCCAGCCCUUCAUCCUGAGGCGCACCAAGAGAGACGUGGAGAAGCAGCUUCCCAAAAAGUACGAGCACAUCCUGAAGUGCCGCCUGUCCAGCCGUCAGAAGAGCCUGUACGAGGACGUCAUGACACAGCCGGGAGCUCAGGAGGCCCUGAAGACGGGUCACUUUGUCAGCGUGCUGCAGGUCCUGAUGCGGCUGCAGCGGAUCUGCAACCACCCGGACCUGGUGCAGCCCAGAGAGACCCAGAGCACACACGUGUCCCGGGCCCUGCAGUACAACACCGCCUCUCUGGUCCUUGGCGCUCUGCAGCCAAACCUGUGGAAGACUGUGGACCUGUCCAUAUUUGACUUGGUCAGUAACGAGAACCAACUGACACGCUACGAGACGGAGGAUGUGGUGCCCAAGCUGAGAGUCUCCCGACAGCUGAUAGAGGAGAUCUACAAUGCUCCCGACCCACCAUCCAGACCCAAACCCUGCAAGAUCAAACCCAUGAGGUUGUUCCAGCCAGUGCAGUAUGGUACAAAGCCAGAGGGUCGAACGGUUCCAGUGACCAGCUCUGUGGCCCAGCGGACUCCGACCCCCACCACUGCUUCCACUACCACUGCCACCGUGUCCCAGCCCGCCCAGGCCCGGGGCAAGUCCCCUGUUACAACCACUGCCACCACGCAGGUGGCUGGGAUGGCCUUACAGAAAGCCCAGACUACCUCUCCUUCCACCACCAUCACCAGCACCUCGUCCUCUGCCCUGGCCGCCGUGGCCAGCACCGCCCCUGGACAGCAUGCGGUGGGGGCCGCUCCCGCCGCGGCUGGCCAGGCGCUGGGCGGGCCUGCAGGGGGCGGCGUGCCCCAGCUAGCCCCGCCCACAGCCGUGCAGGUGCCUAGGCCCGCACAGGCCUCCCCCCAGGGCCCCGCCCAUGCCAUCCAGCAGAGCCUGCUGCCACAGAGGCUGGUACUUACCUCCCAGGCCCAGGCACGCUUGCCUAGUGGAGACGUGGUGAAGAUCACCCAGCUGGGUCAGAACCGCAUCUCCCAGCCCGAGACGCCCGUCACCCUCCAGUUCCAGGGCAACAAGUUCACCCUGUCGCCCAGCCAGCUGCGGCAGCUUACCACGGGGCAGCCCUUGCAGCUCCAAGGCACCCUCGGCAACAUCCUGCAGAUCGUGUCGGCCCCCGGCCAGCAGAUCCUCAGACCCCAGGGCUCCAUGGUGAUGCAGCCAGUGCCUCAGUCUCUGCCCGUCCCAAAUACCACAGCCACUCCUGGCACCCUGCCUGCAGCCACCUCUUCUGCCCCACAAGCUCCUGGGGUCGUAGCAAAAGCCACAGUCACAACUGCAGUCUCUGGGGACCAGGGGGCCAACGCCAAGUCCUCACCUGGAGCUCCCACUGCCCCUCAGGAGUCCUCUGAGGAGAGGAACCGUCUGGCCAAAGAACGGCUGAACCGCCUCUUCAACGCCAACGAGCGGCGCUGCGCCCGGGGUGUGCUGUAUGGGGCCGACCUGCUGCAGGCCUGCUCCGUUUCCGAGGGCGACGGGCCGCCCCCUCCCCCCUCCUCCACCCAGGGCCCCGGCAGGUGGAGGUGGGUGGGCAGGGACAGCUGUCAGAGGGCGCAGCACACCUGCGUCUCCACGGUCUCCCACCUGCGCUCGGCCCUGAUCUCCACCCAAGAGCAGCAAGAGGCCGGGGAGCAACUGGCCAAGAGGUUCUCCUGUGUGGUUCCGGCCGCCCUCGCUCCUCCCCCUCAGCUGUACACGGCCAAUCCCCCGCCUCGGUUCACCCUGGAACAGAAGUCUUUCCGCCGCCGGCUGGAGGAGGCCUCCGCCCCGCACGGGACAGAGAUCCGCCGCGUCGCCUCCGGCCACGUCCUCCAGUUUCCUGACCUGCAGCUGCUGGAGAUGGACUCAGGCAAGCUGGAGGCCCUGGCUGUGCUGCUGCACAAGCUCAGGUCGGAGAGCCGUCGCGUCCUCAUCUUCACCCAGAUGGUCAAGAUGCUGGACAUCCUGGAGAUGUUCCUGGAUCGUCACCGGCUGACUUACGUGCGAGUGGACGAGAACUUGCCCUUGGAGGAGCGACAGGAGCAGAUGAAGAGCUUCAACAGGAACAGGCAGGUGUUCUGCACCAUCCUCACCAACCGCUGCGGCUCAGCGGUCGGCCAUGUCUUUGACGCCGACACCAUCGUCUUCUACGACACUGACCUCAACCCCAGCAUGGACGCCCGCACCCAGGAGUGGUGUGACAAGAUUGGACGCUCCAAGGACAUCCACAUCUACAGGCUGGAGAGCGGCAAUUCCAUUGAAGAGAAGCUGCUGAAGAACGGAACCAAGGAUCUGAUCCGGGAGGUGGCGGCUCAGGGCACAGACUACACUCUCGCUUUCCUGACACAGAGGACAAUCCAGGACCUGUUUGAGGUGGAGUCGGGGUCGGGCGAGAAGGUGGAAGAGUUUGUGGUUCUGCACCAAGAGCCCUCCCCCUCCGAGACCAUUUCACCCCGCGUGGCCCGGCCCUACAUCCAGGCCCUGAACAGCAUUAACCACGACUCCCCGGAGGAAGAGGAGGGGCCGGAAGGGGAAGAGGAGGACCUUGGAGAGGAAAUGGAGGCCAAAGGUCCAGAGGAGACGUCCCAGCUGGAGGAGCUGGCGGCCGUCAUGGAGCAGCUGACUCCAAUUGAGAAGUACGCCUUGCAGUACUUGGAGUAUCUUCAUAUAAGCGAAGAUGAAGAAAAGACUGCUAUGGAGCGAGUAGAUUCUGCAAAGAGAUCCUGGGAGAUUCAGCAUCUUCAGAAGCUCAAGGUCGAGGAAGAAGAGCGAAUGAUUCUGGAGGCAGAGGAGGAUCUUUUCACCUACACCAGAGAGGAUGCCUACAACAUGGAGUAUGUCUUCGAUGGUGAAGAUGGCCAAACUGAAAUCAUGCCGCUGUGGACCCCGCCCACACCCCCACAGGACGACAACGACAUCUACAUCGACUCGGUCAUCUGCCUGAUGUACGACACGGUGCCCAUGCCGGAGUCCAAGCUUCCUCCCGUCUACGUCCGCAAGGAGCACAAGAGGCUCAAAAUGGACCCCUCUGCCGCAGGCAGGAAGAAGAAGAAGGGCCACGGGGAGACGGUGAUCCCGCCGCGCUCGCUCUUCGACAAGGCCAGCAUGCUGAAGGUGCGGCGCGAGGGCAAGGACCAGAAGAAGAACUUCUCCCUCAAGCAGAACGCGCCCUUCGCCAAGCCCCUGCCCUCGCUGGUCAAGCCGGCCAUGGAGGCCGGACAGGACAACCCGGAGUGGCUCAUCAGCGAGGACUGGGCCCUCCUGCAGGCUGUGAAGCAGCUGCUGGAGCUUCCGCUGAACCUCACCAUCGUGUCGCCCGCCCACACCCCCAACUGGGACCUGGUCAGCGACGUGGUCAACUCCUGCAGCCGCAUCUACCGCUCGCCCAAACAGUGCCGCAGCCGAUACGAGAACGUGAUCAUCCCGCGAGAGGAGGGCAAGUUGGUGUACGAGGCUAACCCGAAGAAGAAAACCAAGAGCAUAUACAAGUCCAAGAACAGCCGGCCGCUGCGCACCUGUCAGAUCUACACCCAGGAUGACAACGCCACCCACAUCCAGCUUUACAACAGCCGCUUUGAGCUGAUGAAGAUCAUUGCCAGCAAGAGGAGUCCGCCCAUCAAGCCAUUGCUAGGCAUGAAUCCGUUUCAGAAGAACCCAAAACACGCCUCGGUUCUGGCGGAAAGUGGGAUAAGCUAUGACAAGCCACUCCCCCCCAUUCAGGUGGCAUCCCAGCGCGCUGAAAGGAUUGCCAAGGAGAAAAAGGCCCUGGCGGAGCAGCAGAGAGCGCAGCAGCUGGCCCAGCAGACGCCCGGGACCCCGCAGGCCCAGCCAGCCGCCGCCCAGCAGCAGCCCCAGGCCCCGGCCACAGGCCAGGCCCAGGCUCAGGGCGUCUCCCAGGCCCAGGCCGUGGCAGGAUCUGGAGCCGCCGCCGUCUCCAACACCGCCGUCCUGGCAGGGGCCAUAAAGACGGCAGCGGCAGGGACGAGCAUACAGACAGCCACGGUGGGAGGGAACGUGAUCGUGAACACGGUGGCCGGAGUUCCCCCCAGUCCCUUCCAGGCCAACAAACGCCUGGCUUCGCCCGUCAUCCCCGGCAGCCUGGCGACCGGAAGUGCCACCGGGGCCCAGGUGGUACACGCCCAACAGAGGGCUGUGCCCGCCGCCGCCGCCCCUGCCGAGGUGGUCGCCAUAGCGACCGGCCAGAGCGUCCGGGCGGUCACCCCGGUGACCGCCUCCGCGGUGGUGUCCACGAGCCUGACCCCCGUUCAGACGCAGUCCCGCUCGCUGGUCACACAGGUCACGCCAGCCUCGGGUAUGCAGCUGCCCCAGGGGAAGCAGAUAACACCGGCCCACCUUCAGAUGUUCCGCCAGCAGCAACUGCAGCAGCAGACAGCCUCUCCACAGAUCAAAGCUGUGGGCAAGCCGCAGCAGCAGGAGCUGCUGAAGCUACACAAGCAGCAGCAGAAGCUGCACCUGACGCAGGUCCAGGCUCAGGCGCAGCAGCAGCAGCAGCAGCAGCAGGUGGCGGCCGCCGUGGCCGCGGCCCAGCAGCAGAGCCAGCAGAGCCAGCAGGGCGGCCAGCAGCAGCAGCAGGCCUCCCAGGUGCAGCCCGCCCAGGCGGCGCAGCCCAACCCCCAGCUGACCGCCGUCACCGCCCCCAGGGCCGGCGCCGUGCUGGCGGGCGCCGCCGUGGCUAACCUGCAGGUGGCGCGGCUGACACGAGUACCUGCACAGGGCCAGAUCCAGGCCCAGGCAGCUCCCACUGCCCAAGUGACCCUCACCAAACCCCCGGUGGUGUCUGUCCCGGCCGUGGUCUCCUCCUCGGGGGUCACCACCCUGCCCGUCACCGUCGCCGGCAUCAGCGUGGCCAUCGGACAGGCGCAGAAAGCAGGCGGACAGGUGGUGACGCACCCCUUCCCGCAGAUCCAGCACGUUCAGCAGCUGCUGAUGAAGAAGCAGCAGCAGCAGGCGGCCGCUGCCGUAGCCGCGCAGCAGAAAGCUGUGCAGCCCCAGCAGGGACAGGCCACCGUGCAGCAGAAGCUGGCCACACAGCAGGUGACUGUACAGGCCCCUCAGCCAGCUCAACAGCAGCAGAAGGUCACCUAUGCCACCACCACCCAGCUCCAGCCUGGCAUCAAGACCCAGUUCUUCACCUCCAUCGCCCCGCCGCAGAAGCCCGCGGGAGCCCAGCAGAUCCAGGUUGCGAAGCUUCCCCAGAUAGUGCAACAGCAAUCCACUGUGGCCAAUAUCCAGCAGAUAGUGUCUGCACCCCAGCAGAUCCAGGCGCAGCCGCAGACGGUGUCCCUGUCCCAGACGGUGCCCUCCACCCAGCAGCAGGUGCAGGUGAUCCCGGCGGGCACGGCCACAGCGCAGGUGGUGCAGCAGAAGCUCAUCCAGCAGCAGGUGGUGACGGCUGCCACAUCCCCGCAGAUCCAGACCCCGCCCCCCCACAGCCCCGCCCAGCAGCAGACCGCCGCCCCCGCGUCCGCCGACUCCCCGGCGCAGCAGCCCAAGCCCCAGGCCCGGGCUGGCGGCGCCAUGCGGGUCAAGACCCCCGCCAAGCCCAGCGGCGGCGGCGCUAGCAGCUAGGCCUCCGCCCGCCCAGCACACACGCAGGCCCAACGCCCAGAACACAGCGAGCAGCUCCCUUCUCCUCUGCGUGGUUCACAAGUUCCAACGCACACCUGCGUCGUAGAUGAAGGGAAAUGACCAGAAUGUGUUUAAAAAAAGAAAAAAAAAUUUUUUUUUGUUUGUUUUGUCAUUGAUGGGAUGACUGAGCGUGAGAGAAGCUCUGUAAGGGGAACGGGCAGGAGCUGAACCGCUGCAAGACUGCACGUCCAUAUUCAAGCUUCAACAUGGCCGCCGUUGUUUCCCCGUCCGACCUCGGA